ACAUCGGUGUGCGCUCUUAUCGCGGUCGGAAACACGCUUAGCUAUAUCUACUACAAUAUAAUCGAGAAGGAAGCUGUGGCUCACAAUUUGCGUAAAAAAUAUGCCAUCGACGACACCGGCUAUCAACUCUAUAACAGGAAUUGUUGUUUUAAUGUUUUCCGUAGCGACUCUACGGCUUCCUCUGUUACAAGCUUCUUUAAGUAGGGACGGCGUGGAGGAGUACAAUAUUUCGAGAAGAGGUAGAUAUGAUACCGAUUCGUUCAGGAUUAUUUACAAAACUGGCUUUGAAUGCCCUUCAGAUGUUUGUGCUAACGCCUCGGCUUGGGUGGACAGUAGCACAGCAUGCGGCUGCAUAUGUAUAAGCGAAACUCCAACCUUCCUUCCGGAAUUAGGAAGUUGUGGUGACACAGCAAGUGUAAAGAACUCUCUGUUUGGAAAUUGCUCAGAAGCGCUUGGUUUGGAAAGUGGGAAAAUCAAUGAUUCGCAACUAAAUUCCUCACAUAGUUUCCCAGGCUAUGAUUCUUCGAGAGGGAGACUGAAUAAUGAGAAGGCCUGGUGCACUGUAACAAUGGGGCAUUAUUUUGAGAUUGACUUAGUAGAGGUCAGGCAUGUCUCAGCCAUUGCAACUCAAGGAUUCAAAGGAAACUUCCAUAACUAUGUCAAAACAUUUGAGAUAAAGUACAGUUAUGAUGGUGAAACCUGGUUUGAUUACAAAGAUAAAAAUAACAAUAAAAAGAAGUUUACUGGAAAUAGUGACACAGACACCAUAAAAUACAACUACUUCAAAGCAACUUUUGAAACAAGAUUCUUUAGAAUAUAUCCCAAAGAGUAUAACACACGUGGGUAUAGAUGUCUAAGAGUGGAAGUAUAUGGAUGUACUGACAAUGCUGUUUGCUCAAGUUUCUUUGAGUGGCCCUUUUUUCUGAAAUCCCUUAACCUUGCAAAUGAAGGACAAGAGAAUAUUAAAUCAACCAAUAGGUAUCAAAGAUGUCAAGUUGUACCUGGAAGUGUAACGUACUACAAUUAUCUAUUGGAAAGCAAGUGGGCCAUGGUACAUCCGGAUAUCUUCAAAGUGGAAAGAGCACAAGGCGAAUUAGUUUUCAAGUGGGCAAAUGGUUCCGACAAGAACCUGUUGGGAAGAAUUGUACGAGUAGUGAUCACUUGUAACUAUUCAGUAUUAGCAUCUCGACCAGCCAAAACUGCUUGUCUGAUUUUCAAGUCCGCAGGGCCAAUCACUUAUGUUGCUGAUGAUGUGACUGACACUUUUGUAUCUGAACCGGACUCACUAGUGAAGCCAAGUUCUGUAGCAAAGACGACACCAUAUAUUUCUCCAAUGACCAAGACAACUCUAGUCACUGUGAAAGAGUCUUCCACCAGCACGGGCAAAAAAGACGCGAAAACAAAAGGAGAUUACAGUGGAUUUUCUGGUGUCAUGAUUGCCGUUGCAGUGGCAUGUGCAGUCGUGUUUGGAAUUUUUCUCAUUGUCCUUGUUGUAUUUUGCAACCGUAAGAAAUUGAAAAACAGUCAGCAAGAAACAAAGCCAGCAGUUAUAACUAGGAACCCAGUGGUUGAGAUUUACGAUCAAAUUCCAAUUGAAAGACCAAUAGAUCGCAGUUCAACCUCCAGUGAACAAGACAGCCAAUCGACAUACCAAGGACUUGUUAACAACAGCGGGAAAAAUAAUGGUGGAAGUAUAUAUAGCAAUUCUGAAGAUAACAAUGGUUACUGUCAUGUUUACCAAAGUGUGGACAAGAACAAACCAAUUUCAGCUGCAUCAGUUUACCAAAAUGUACCCACAUCAGUUAAAGAACCAGAUUACCAAAACGUGCAGACCCUGGAAGGGGGCACAC